AUGAUGACUGUGAAGUGCCUUAACUUGGGAAUACACGGUAAUUUCAGUUUUGCGGACGUCAAGAAGCUAGUAUCGCAAGAGAGAGGAGAUUGUUAUACUAAUUGGCUUCCCACGAUAUUUUCUUCGCCUGAGGUCACACUAGAGUAUCACCUCCCCAUAUUCCCUCAAGGGGCAGACGUUGAUCCUGCAGGUUUUGAUUCUCUUAUUAAGACCCUUAAUUAUGCACUCUGUCCACAUAUGCGUGCAAAUCAACCGGGAGUACAUCUUCUAUACGUUCGAAAGCCUGGCGCUGAGCCUCGUCCAGGAUGGAUAGAUCCUUCCGCAAGGUGUUUUGAAUGCAAAACUGUGGUGACAGCUUGCGACUUGCCGAGUUCUACUCCUGGAAACGAUGGCCGGGUUUGGUUAGCACUCAAGGUCAGUCGAUCUAUUGGAAGGCUCUAUUCUCCACUAGAGCCAACGUGGCGUAACCAGUCCUUUUCUACCAAGAUUUUUAAUUGGGAAAGGUAUAACAAAGUGAGAAGCAAAUGGUGCCGGGACUUUUGGAGGGAAAAUCCUACAGCUUACGUGGGGUGGGAGGACGAGGAAUGUCUGCAGAACGUCCCCGUCCACCCAUACAUUCCCCCAACCGGGACAGGAUAUGGGCAAAGUAGGCUUACGCCUAAUAUCGGUGCGUCUUUUUCAAGAGAACAGCAGAGAGUAAAUCGCUGGCUGUAUUGGUGCAAUCUUAUCCCAGAAUGGGUGCAUAGGAAGUUCGCGCCUGUCUAUAGACUCGAGGUCUCUAAUUGGACGGGUACGACGGUGGUGAGUCGCAAAUGUGGUGAAGUUCCUGAAGUAAAAGAAAUAUUGUGA